AAACAUCCAUGUCAUAUUAGCCAUUUAUUUCUUUCCAUUUCAAUUUAAUUUUGCUUCCUCCAACUCAACUCCCAUUUCUCCGUGAGAGCUUGCAAAUGGCUGCUCAAAUCUCGUCUUUCUCGUUGAAUACCGGGGCCAAGAUCCCCUCCGUCGGACUCGGAACCUGGCAGGCAUCGGAAGGUCUCGUCGGUAACGCCGUUGCCGCCGCCAUCAAGAUCGGAUAUCGCCAUAUUGAUUGUGCUCAAAUAUAUGCCAAUGAGAAGGAGAUUGGUUCGGUUCUCAAUAAACUUUUUCAAGAUGGUGUAGUUAAGCGUGAGGAUUUGUGGAUCACUUCGAAACUCUGGUGUACUGAUCAUGCUCCAGAAGAUGUUCCUGCAGCACUUGACAGAACCUUAAGCGACUUGCAGCUCGAUUAUGUUGAUCUAUACCUUAUUCAUUGGCCGGUUCGGCUGAAAAAGGGAUCUACUGGCUUUAGCCCUGAAAACCUUGUUGCACCGGACAUACCAAGCACAUGGAAAGCCAUGGAAGCACUCUUUGAUUCUGGAAAAGCCCGAGCUAUCGGUGUAAGCAAUUUUUCGACCAAGAAACUUGCAGAUUUACUGGCGAUAGCUCGUGUUCCUCCGGCUGUCAAUCAGGUGGAGUGUCACCCAUCAUGGCAGCAGGACAAACUACAUGAAUUUUGUAAAUCAAAAGGAGUUCAUCUAACUGGAUAUUCUCCAUUGGGUUCACCUGGAACAACUUGGCUUAAGAGUGAUGUUCUCCAGAAUCCAAUUCUCAAAGAGAUUGCAGAAAAACUUGGUAAAAGUCCUGCACAAGUGGCCAUUCGCUGGGGAAUACAAAAGGGUCAUAGCGUGGUUCCAAAAAGUACUAACGAGUCAAGGAUCAAAGAGAAUUUCGAUGUUUUUGAUUGGUCCAUACCUGAAGAUUUGUUUGCCAAGUUCUCCGAGUUCGAUCAGGCAAGGCUACUCAGAGGAACCACAUUUGCGAAUGAGAAUUAUGUCUACAAGACCAUUGAGGAAUUCUGGGAUGGGGAAAUCUAAAGCUGUUAGCUGCUAUUUGGAGGGGUAAAAGGAGAAAAAUCCUUCUCACCAUGUUUCGUUAUGGCAGUUGUACGAAAAUAAUUGAUGUUUGAAUUGAAUGAUCAUCUUGGAUGUGGCUCAAAAGUUGGUUCAUUCCGACUAUGGUUUUAUUCUGUAGUAAUUAUUGGGUCCUAUUUCUAUA